GAUCGGCCAUCGGUUUUCUCCUCCGGCUUUUUUUGUUUCUUUUUCUUGAUCGGAUAGCUUCUCUGAGCUGAGCUCGAUCAGACGAUCGACGACAAUGGAAGGGAGCAAGGAUGAGAAAGACAAGGGGCUCUUCUCCAACCUGAUGCAGGGCGUCGCCGGCGGCGGCGGCCAUGGAUAUCCUCCUCAGCAGGUCUACUACCCGCCGCCGGCCAUGGCGUAUCCUCCUCCUCCUCCGGCUGGCUAUGGCUGUCCUCCCGCCGGCUACCCCGCCUCCUCCGCGUCAUACCACGGUUAUGGGGGUAGCCAUGGCGGCGGCGGCGGAGGAGGAGGAGCGCACAUCGGCCCAAUGCUAGGCGCAGGUGCAGCCGUCGCCGCGGCGGCGUACGGUGCACACAAGCUUUCUUCCCAGGGCCAUGGCGGUUACGGCUACGGUGGCCAUGGCGGUUACGGUUACGGUGGCCAUGGCAGCGGCGGCUUUUAUGGCGACCACCACGGCCACGGUGGCCAUCACGGCGAAUUCUAUGGAGGCCAUCACGGGCACGGCGGCCACCACGGCGAAUUCUACGAAGGUGGUCACGGCCACGGCCACCAUGGCGGAGGAUUCUAUGGCGGCCACCACGGCCACGGCGGCCACCAUUAAUAUUUAAAUCCUGGAGGUUAUCUUACUUGAUCUAUCUGAUUUGCUUUAGUCUAAUAAAAAGUAACAAAAAAAAAAUAUCUCGGUACCUCGCGGUUCCAAAUCGUUUCUGAUCGUUGGAUCUAACAAUACACAUCCUACUAAGAACUAGAUCCAAUAGUAAAAAACAAUUUGAUACCUCGAGAUAUCGGUACCUCGAGGUACUUUUUGUUGAACCGGAGUAAAUCUCAUCCGUGUAUAGGUUUGUGAUAGUGCUUUGGUUGGGAGAAGCCUUUCUCCAUAGUUUGAUGCUCUGGUUUGUCUGUUUGAUUACAAUAUAUGUGCAUAUUAUGUAAUCAGUUACUCCAGUAACCGAGUGUUUACUGUGCUAAUCACACUCCAUGCGUGUUCUAUCACACACAAUUAAUUUUGCUCUCAA